AUGAUGACUCCAGCUUCUGUACGUAUCGCCGUGAAGAAUCCGCGGACCUAUGAGCUCUCCUCAGGCUUCCCAAGCGCCGAUGGAGAUGAGUCAGUGGAGCUCUACGUACCUGCCUACGUCCAUCAAUCGCACUGCAUUAGGAUGCUUCGAGACAGCUACUGGAAACAUCAGGGCUCGGGGCCUAUCAGAAGCCCCGCCGAGAUCGCACAGGAGCAUGUGCAUGUUGAGCACUGCUACGACUACCUGCGUCAGGCCACCCUGUGCUUGGGAGAUACGACUCUGGAAGGCCCUGCCUACCGUGAAGAUGGAACGACGAGCAACACAGACGGAAUGGGGAUCAAGCACCAGUGCCGAGACAUGGACUUCGUACGGGCGCAGUUCCGCGCCUUGGGAGCUUCGGGCAGUGACUGA